UCCGGUUUGUCGAACAGGAAGCGAGGAGAUACUGAUGGCGCCCGACUAGAAUGGAGUAGCAAUUAUCGCGUACAACUUCUUAUACUGUUUGGCGUGUCUACUAAGUCAUAAACGAAUUCAACUCGCAAUACACGAUGGAAGGGGAGAUAGAGGUGGAGAGCAGCAGUGAUGUGGGUCCGUCAGGGUCCAGGAUGGAGGAGCCGUCGGAGAGCGGUAUGGGCAUGGAGUCCUCAGAGGCCAUGUCUGCAGACAGCAGUGAUGCAGCAGCCCACCAUGCAUCCCAACAUCACAGCCAGCACCACCACGGCAUUGCCCCAGAGUCAGACUGCCACGUGGGACAGAGCUCAGAGGGGGUCCUGGUGUUCCUACCAGAGACUAGCUCCAGUACGGAUGUCACCCACCACAGGGCCACCGUCCACCUCCCAGACUCCUCCUCUGUGGCCCAGUCCACCAGCGUCUCCACUGUAACGCAGUCCAUCCUGGUGUCUGGGUCAGCCCAGGUGAUGGUUCACUCCAGCGCGGCGGUGUCUGACUCGACAGCCUCCACCUCCUCAGAUCUGGGAUCAGCCAUAGACAAGAUCAUAGAGUCUACCAUCGGACCCGACAUCAUGAAUGGUUGUAUAGCAGUGACCAGUGCAGAGGACGGCGCUGCAGAGACCAGUGAGGGUCAGUAUUUGAUACUACAAGGAUCAGAUGAUGCCCACACGUCAACCUCGGCCCUGUCCAGCCAUCACCGCAUCACCAUCGAGGCUCUGGGAGAGGGUCCUACCUCCACCUGCCACGACCAGGGAGACAUGCAGGGUAUGAAAUAUGCAACGUAUGCCAAUAACCUGCACCGUGACCAGCCAGACCAGCCCUCUGGCAGCCACUACCCAGACCAUGAGGACCAGGACAACCAGCACUCCCACGCAUCUCAGUACAUGGACUGUAGCGGUGGAGACGCAGACAGACCAGACCAGACUGGAGAGUCGUCCUCCUCGUAUGUAGACGACGAGGAACCUGACCAGACGAGGAUCUCGUCCCGGUCUCUGUCCCGCUUCCCGGAGUACGGUGUAGUCGACAACUCUGACCAGGACCUGCGGGGGUACGUGGAGGGUAGCGGAGCCGCCGACUCCAACCCCUCGUCCCCCGGCAUUCGACGACGCCACUCUCACUAUGUUGUGGACUGCAGUGCGGGGACGGAGGUGUACAUGGAGUGUGAAGAGGAUUUGAGGCCGCAGCACUCUCAGAGCUACAUCGACAGCAGCAGCAGAGCUAACCACUCCCAGAGUCACCGUACCCUACAGCAGUAUGUGGCGUUUGUUGCUGCAGAUUCAGAGCAGCCUGGUUGUUCCAACUACCAGGAUCAGGAAGGGCAAAGGGAGGACCCAAACAAGAGCCCAGACCAGAACCAGGGCCCAGACCAGAACCCAGACCAGCCACAGCACUCUGACCAGCAGCAGCCCCAGCACUCCCACUACAUGGAGACCACCAGCAGCAGCACUGGCCCAGAGGCCUCCCCGGGCCGGUACACUGGGAUAGGGGAGGGAGGCGAGGGCUCCUCCACAGACCACCACCAGCCCCAGGCAGACACUGUGGGAUCAGACCACCACCACCCCGAAGCAGACACUGUGGGAUCAGACCACCACCACCCCGAAGCAGACACUGUGGGAUCAGACCACCACCACCCUGAAGCAGACACUGUGGGAUCAGACCACCACCCCGAAGCAGACACUGUGGGAUCAGACCACCACCCCGAAGCAGACACUGUGGGAUCAGACCACCACCACCCCCAGGCAGACACUGUGGGAUCAGACCACCACCCCGAAGCAGACACUGUGGGAUCAGACCACCACCCAGAAGCAGACACAGCAGGCUCAGCAGAGGCUAUGGAGUGCACAGAGAGCCAGCCUGGCCCUUACAUCAGCAGCAGUGGGACCUACUCCUCCCGCCUGGAGCCUGACGUUGAGGGGGCCCCUGAGCCUCAGUGGUCCCCCAGUCUGGGGAGGCCUUUCAGGGGAGAGGAGGGUGGCAUGGUGGGGGGGUCUAGAUCUUCAGCCGUGGAGGAGGGGGGGGCUGGAAGAGGACCAGGGGUCACCGUCCCCCACACCAUGGCUGAACUGGAGGAGAUGAUGGAGGUGGUGAUCGUUCAGCAGUUCAAAUGCAAGAUGUGUCCCUACAAGAGCAUCUCCAAAGACACCCUCAUCAACCACAUGAGAGACAGGCACUUCAAACCCACAGGUGGCCCCCCUCCUAAGAAGCGUGGUCGGCCCAGGCGUAGUGAUACGUUGGCCUGUCAGCAGGCUGAGGUGAAACCAGAGCCACAGCCUGAGGAGCCAGAGGACGAAGACAUCGUAGACGCUGGGGCGAUCGAUGACUCUGAAGAGGACAGUGACUAUAACCCAGCAGAUGAGGACUGUAGGGGCAGACAGCCUGCCCUGCUGAGACAACCUGCCCCUCCUCCCUGCUCCUCCACAGACCGCCCCCGACGCAGGGUGGGACGCCCCAGGAAGUUCACCUACACAGAGGGCAGCUACAACUGCAAGGAAGCUGAGGGUGCAUCCAAGCAGCGUAACGGGAGUGGGGACCCUCAAGGCUCCGAGGAAGCCAGUUCCUCAGGCCUGGGAAACGGACCAGAUUCCUUGGCCAAUGGAAAAGCAGUGGAAGCCGGCAUCAGCCAGUCAGACUCUGAGAACAAAGACCCGUCACCCAAUGGGAGGCCGGAGGAGGCAGAGUUUUUCCCCAGGAAACGAGGUCGACCCUCCAAGCGGUUUCUCAGAAAGAAAUACAAGAAGUACAUGAAGUAUUACACGUCUCUGAAGCCCCUUCUGAGGCCUCACAACUGUUGGAUUUGUGGCUCUCGCUUCCUGUCCCAGGAUGACUUGAGGUUCCACGUAGACUCUCACCAAGGAAACGACCCAGAGUGCUUCAAGUGCCUGCAGUGUAACUACCGCUGCAAACGCUGGUCCUCGCUCAAGGAGCACAUGUUUAACCACCAGGGGAACAAGCCCUUUAAGUGUGAGGAGUGUGACUACAGCAGUGUGUAUAAGAAGGACGUCAUCAGACACUCUGCAAUACACAACAAGGACAAGAAAACAAAGUCUGAGUCUCAGGUAUCUAAGGUGUUGUCGUUCCCGUGUCCAGUGUGCCAUAGAGUCUACCCCAUGCAGAAGAGACUCACUCAGCACAUGAAGACACACAGUGCUGAGAAACCACACAUGUGUGACAAGUGUGGGAAGUCCUUCAAGAAGAGAUAUACGUUCAAGAUGCAUCUCCUGACACACAUCCAGAGUGUUGACAACAGCAGGUUCAAGUGUGAGUUCUGUGACUAUGACUGUGACAACAAGAAGCUCCUGCUCAACCACCAGCUGUCCCACGCCAACGACCGGCCCUUUAAAUGUGACUACUGUAAAUACUCCACCUCUAAAGAGGACUUCCUGGUCUCUCACCUGGCCAUCAAACACACAGGAGAAAAGCCGUUCUCCUGUGAGAUGUGCCACUUCAUGACGAAGCACCGUAAGAACCUGGGUCUGCACGUCCAGUGUCGCCACCCGGAGGCAUUUGAGGAGUGGAGCGCUACGCACCCCGAGGAGCCCGUCAGGCGGAGGAGGAGACCCUUCUUCACCCAGCAACAGAUAGAGGAACUCAAACAGCAACACGACGACACAGCGAGCCUACAGAAUACUAUAGUAGCAGUGGAUUCUGACACACUACAAGCCAUGCAGACAAUGCAGAACGCCUCAGUCUCCCAAGAUGCAAUGGGAAACACCACCAUCACUUACGAACAGGCCGGGAAUUCGAACCUGUCAGCCCAGAAUGCUCUGGAUCUGCUGUUGAAUAUGAGCAACGCCAGACAGUUGGUGGAAAACUCACUACAGGUACAGAUGUUGAAAUCAUCGGACUCUGAGGUUCUAAACGCAGGCUCCUGGACAGCGGUUACCUCAGCGACCGCGGGAGCACAAAAGGUUGUGACGUUCCACAUGUCUGAGAAUGGGGAGACCCUGGUGCAAGAGGUCCAAGAGGUCUAUGAGGCUGGGACCAAUGAGAAUGGAGAGAUUACUCAGAUAGCCAUCCAGGCCUAUGAGGGGGCAGAGGGCUUCAGUGUGGUGGAACAGAUGGAACAGGCUACACAGGAGAUAGAAAGCACUGGACCUGGAUACAGUAGUGACGUGGGCAGUCCCCAGCCCAUGGAGGAAGAGCAGGAGGGAACAACAACACUCAAAGAGAACAGAGACACCCAGUACUACCUGACCUCUGGUGUGGGGGAUGGAGUUCUACAGCAGGUAGAGCUAAGCAGUGAGGUCCCCGGUUCCCCCUCCAUGGUGGGAUCCCCUCAGGACCAGAACCAGCUAAACCCAAAGAGGUUCUCCUGUCGUAUCUGCUCCGAGUCGUUCCAGGGCCGCAGUGGCAUGGAGAACCACAAGAGGGCCCAUAUCGACCCCUCCACCUUCAAGUGUCCCGACUGUGACUUCACUGCCUCCUCCUGGCCAGACGUCAAGACCCACAUGGGCAUGCAUACCUACCUGCGGCCUCACAAGUGCCCCAGCUGCAGCUUUGCCUCCAAAAACAGGAAGGACCUGAGGAGACACAUGAUGACGCAUACCAACGAGAAGCCCUUCACCUGCCAGAUCUGUGGACAGAGGUUUAAUCGUAACGGCCACCUCAAGUUCCAUAUGGAGCGUCUCCACAGCCAGGACCCUCCGACAAGGAAGACCCAUUCUGGAGGAGGCUCCCAGCAGCAGACCUUUAUAGUCAGCAGUGAUGAGGAGGCUCUCGCCGUGCUACAGUCCCUGCAGGCAGGACAGACCAUCAGUCCGGAGCAGAUACAGAAGGCCCUGGGUCAGGACAACAUUAUAGUGUCCCAGGAACAGGGCCUGGAUCAGGACCGCAUUAUAUUGUCCCAAGAACAGGGCCUGGAAGACGAGGAGGAGGCCACGUACAUCCAGCAGAUCACCACAGUGGACGGACAGACGUUACAGUAUAUAACAGGAGAUAACCAGGUGACGUUGCGGCACAUGACAGGAGAUAACCAGGCGACGUUACGGCACAUGACAGGAGAUAACCAGGUGACGUUACGGCACAUGACAGGAGACAACCAGGUGACGUUGCGGCACAUGACAGGAGACAACCAGGUGACGUUGCGGCACAUGACAGGAGAUAACCAGGUGACGUUGCGGCACAUGACAGGAGAUAACCAGGUGACGUUGCGGCACAUGACAGGAGAUAACCAGGUGACGUUGCGGCACAUGACAGGAGAUAACCAGGUGACGUUGCGGCACAUGACAGGAGAUAACCAGGUCCAGUAUGUCAUCUCUCAGGAUGGAGUCCAACACUUCCUACCCCAGGAGUACGUGGUGCUGGCAGACGGGAACCACAUCCAGAUGUCAGAUGGACAGAUCAUCCAAUAUGAGAAUGAUGGGGCCUUCCUACAGGAGCAACAGAUUUCCCUGAAUCAUGACGGCCAGAUCCAGUAUCUUCCCAUCAGUUCAGAACAACAGAUAGUCGGUCCUGAAGACUCGGAGGUUGCUGAACACUCUGCUGUCACCGUCAUAGCAGAUGCCGCAACGCAGCAGACGCAGACAGUCUACGCUGAGGCCACACAAGAACAGCUGGAGCUGCUACAACAGCAGGGCAUCCAGUAUGAUGUAGUCACCUUCACCGACGAGCAGAGAUGACGUCAUCGCCUUCAGAUGGGAUGGGGACCUGCUUUAAAGGACAGAGAGACAGGCCUGCAGUGCAGGACCCAGUGUGAUGGAACCACUAUGAGCUGACAGAGGGGCCAAUGACAUACAUAGUUUUUUAUUUUUAUUGAUUUAACCUUUAUUUAACUAGACAGGUCAGUUAAGAACAAAUUCUUAUUUACAAUGAUGGCCUAGAAAUAGUGGGUUAACUGUC